AUGCAAGUCUGUGCUCACUUAGCGAGUGAUACGUUCUCCAGUGCCCAGCUCAUGCUCGGACGAUCUCUCAUACAACUACUGGUCUGCCUGAUAGCUUGUUACUAUGCAGGAGUUAACCCAGUCGGUCCACAUGGCAUCCGUCUGGUGUGUCUUUUCAGAGGCUUUCUCGGCGCGAUGUCCAACUUCCUUCUCUACUACGCGAUCGGAAGCAUGCCGGUAGCCGAUGCCAAUGCCCUAUUCUUCACAAACCCCCUCUUCACGAUGCUCUAUGCAGUUUGUUUGUUACGAGAACCCUCGACUAAAGUGGAGGUGUGCUCCCUCUUCCUUGGCUUCACUGGUGUGAUUUUCGUCGCCAGGCCGAGUUUCCUCUUCGGCUCAGCAGCAGCUCCGCAGGACGGCGGGAAAGAUACCACCGUCUCGGCUAUCCUCGCCUCUCUUCUCGGUGCUUUGAUCGGCGGUUUUGUCCCUAUUGUCGUUCGCUACGUCGGAGGUGCUGUUCACUAUUACGUGAUGGUCUUCUAUUGGGGUGUCGCUGGCACUGUCAUGAGCACCAUCGUGGCCUUGUCUAUCCCGAAUUCCUUCCAGCUACCUCCAUUCACAUCCAACACAAGAGCAUAUCAACUCGGUAUUAUCGCUGGCAUCUUUGGAGUUGGCACACAGUUUGCCUUCAACAGGGCCAUGCAAAUUGAGAAGCCCCAAAACUGCGCCAUGCUCCGACAGCUGGACGUCGCCUUGUCCUUCGUGUGGCAACGGAUAGCAACCUCGUCCCCUGUGCAUCCACUCAGUGUCGGAGGUGCCGUGAUGAUUGUUAGUUCGACGUGUUUGUUACUACUGGAGAAGAUCCUGGGUUGGAAGGAAACACGGCAGCCUCGUGAAGUGGUGAAUGUUCCGAUCACGGCCAGUAGAGAUGGAGCUGUCCCCCAGAUUAUCGGGAAAGAGUGA